AUGGAGACAAGUUCAGCCUUCCCUCUUGCAGCAGCAAGCCAAGCAUGCAUGGAGGCAUUUCAUCAUCUCUUGACAAGUCUGUCAGCCCCUAACGAAAGCUCCAAAGGCAAUCUUCAGCUUCACGUGGUGAAUAAUCAGCGAGCUCGAUUCAAGAUUUGGGCCACAAAUCUUGGAGCAUUACAAAGUGGAAGAGCGUCUCUGGACUUUCGUUUGAUGGAAACCUCGCUCACUCAAGCUACAAUACUCAAAUUUCUUAAUGGACUGAAAGUGACCUUGUCUAAAAGCACCGAAAUAGUUCGAGGACUCAGGGCACCUAUCGAGCAGAUAAUACCUGACAACUCUGAUCAGGGCUUUAACUGUUCCGGCGACAGUAGCGGUUCUGAAAACGACAGUAGCGACGAUGAAAAUAAUACAAAGACUGAGCUAGGUCAUAACACUGCUGAAAUUGACCAUGUUAUUUCAUCACUCAUGAGAGUAUCCUUCCGAAUCAAGGGACCCGGGUCUAGAACCACACAGCUCAACCAGAAGGCCAUGGCUCAUGAGGAAUUGAUUAAUGUGGAUGGUCCCGCGGCUGAAGAUAUUUUCUUGAUUUACUCGGACUAUGAUAGGCAGUAUGUUGAAGAGUUCUUCCGACAGCUUCGAAGAGUCAACGCUGAAAUGGAGCUGCAUUUGUUUGAUGGAGACACUGAGAGCACCGGACCCUCGGAAGAAAAACAACAAGAGUUGACCAACGACCUAGUUGAACGCUGGGCCAAAUCGAUCACAAGUAGGCGAAGAAUUCUUGCUUACUGGCGAAGGCACGCCCGAAAGUUGGCAAAAGAGGAGCCGUCCACAGCCCACACAGUCGUUCCUACGACUGCCGCUGAAGCUGUUUUCCCGUUACGUCCAGCCCAGUCUCUAAUGCAGAGUUAUGCCAAGCAAUCGACUCUACAAUCGACUCUAUCUGGAACAGAAGCAAAAAGAAACGUUCAGGAGGUGAAUGAUAUCGACACGGUUUCAACCGUGUCUUACAGCUCAACAACUUUAGACGAGUCCAGCUCUACUGGACUUCCAGCCCCUCCUUCAAUUACUCCUGGCCAAACCAAAAUCGUAUGUCCCUGUUGUCAUAUAAUGUGUCCAGUGCGAGAAGUAAAAGGCAGGCGAUGGAGGGAACAUAUUCAACGUGACCUCCAGCCAUACCUAUGCACCUAUCCCAAAUGUCCUGAGGCUACCGCUAUGUACAUCAGCCGAGCGUCUUGGUUGGAUCACGAAUCAAAUGCUCAUCGUAGAGCUUGGCGAUGCUUCGAGCACAAAAAUUUAUUCAAGUCAAGAGAAGCUUUAACAGCACAUCUUGAAAAGUCACAUCCUUCUCUCGGCAUGGCUCAAAUACAGGCAAUGUCGGGGUUUGACAAUGCUUCUACUACGAAAGACACACGUAAAGUUUGCCCGUUUUGCUUCUCUCGUGGGCCCUUUAAGAAAAGUCUCGCAGGCCAUAUGGCUCUCCAUAUGGAAAGGCUUGCUUCCUUUGCUGCCCCAAGGGACAUAAGGGCAGAUGUGGACACGUCAUCUGGUGAAAAGAACUCUAGAGCUGCACAAGGUGAUCGUUCGUCAAUAUCCCUAGGAUCUGAACAGCCUUUCUCUGGAGCUGCUCAAGGUGACCGUUCGUUAACAUCCCUUGGAUCUGAACAUCCUCUCUCUGGAAUAUUAUGGAUCAGGGAUUCAAAAAGCUUCACAGAAGCAGAGCCUGUUACAACGCAUUAUGAUCCAACCCGUUCUUAUUCGCUCAUAACACAUUCCGUUGUCGAAAAAUUGAGAUUAUCCAAGACGAGAUACCCACUGGGUAUGGAAAUGACCGUCAUCACACCAAGUGGCCGAGUCGUCGCCCUCGAAGAGUUUGUCAGCAUAGAGCUUGAGGCUCGUUGGUUGAGCGACUGCGAUCUUGGUACUUGUCAUAUCUCUGCUGUCCCUGACCAUGUUCUUGGAACCUUUGAUGCGGAAUUCCUAGCAGGCAAGAAGAUAAUUGCAAAGCUGCAAGGCAAGGGAUACGUCGCCAGAGAAACCUCUGUCUCCGUGAGAAUGAUAGCGGGCCUUGAGACUCUAAACGCGGAUUCUAGAGGGGCUCAGACGAAUAAGAAAAGAAACCAGACAUUCUUCGAUUGGCUGGAAGAGGAAGAAAAAGCCCCGGAAACACAUGUUGAGGAGGAGUGUUAUUCGGGCUCAUGUACAACUAUUGAUAAAAUUACUGGGGUGCCGAAACUAGACGUACCAUACCGGGCUGAGGCUGCUUGUUCUCGGUGCACCUAA